AUGGAAGCGAUCAAGGAUAAGGAGAGGAAGGAGAGAAGAGACAAAAAAUUGGCUAUCGCCAAUCUUGCGGCCAAACAAAAGAGAGAGAAAAAAAAGCAGCAGAAGAAUGGUGCCGAGCUUGCGGCUCGUGCACGUAAGGCGAAAGCCGAGAAGGCCAAGACUAGUGAGCCCCCCGCACAAGGUGUGGUUACUCGUGCUGCCGCUCAAAAAGCUCGGGAAGCUGCUCAAGCUGCAAAUCACCAGUAGCUCCGUGGAAUUGAAUUGAUCUAUUUUUAUUUUUCAAUAAAA